AUUUUCAAAAAUAAACAUAAAUGUGGCGGUUGACGUCCGAAAAACCCCGCGAGAGAAAAAUGUUUGGAGAUAAUGCCAUAAAACUUCUCGUGGAACUGAAUCAGUCGAUUGAUAACAUUCCACCAUUUAAUGUGCACGUAUUCGGCACCGUCCUGGAAGAAAUGAAAUUACUUUACGAUGCUAACAGGGAUCACGUGGAACAUGCUACCAGGACAAGAGAUUCGGAUUCAGACGUUACAUUAGUGGACACAAGUUUUCACCAUUCGGUACAUUUUCGACACACAGCUUUAACUCGCAAUAAGCGUUGUCUUCUUGCAUACCUUUAUAAUCGAAUGAGAAGACUAAGACAAAUGCGAUGGGAGUUUGGUAGUUUCCUGCCACCGGAAGUUAGUUCAAACUUAAUUUUACCGGAAAAUCAGUGGUUCAAAAACUAUAGCAAAUCCUUGGCAGUAUACAUGAAAUCUAUUGGAGAGAAUGGGCUUAAUCUCACAAUGGAUACCUUACCACCAAAAAGUCUGCACAUCGAAGUACGAUGUUUAGUAGAUUACGGCAAGUAUGAAUUCGAAGAUGGUCAAGUAGUCGUUUUAAAGAAGAAUACUCAUCACUUACUGCCCAGAGCUUACUGCGAGCCGCUUAUCAGAUUGGGGGUGCUGGAGCACAUUAAUUUUUAAUACAAUCCUAUUUUUAAUUUAAUCAUCCUUACACAGAUACAUUGUGAUACAUUUAAUCCGAAGAGUACCGUCUUUUCCGGCCGUUUAUCAGAAUCAAUCCAAUUCACAAAAACCUCUAUAACGUAUUCGCGAGAAAGACAGUAAUGUAUUAAAUACAUGAGAAAAUAUAUUUUCAUUGGAAUUAA